GCGACGCAGGGACUACAAGCGCAGGGAGAUAAACCCGCUCUGAAACCACCAGGGUAGGGGGAUAAAAAAUAGUGAAAACCGCCGUUCCGCUUUCACCGAGCGUUGUUUAUUUUUCAUCACUUCUUCAGAGAGAGGGUCACCGGCCCAGGAUGAACGGCGAGUCAGGUGCCGGAGUAGUGACGGCCCCCCCUCCCACCACCGCCCCCCACAAGGAGCGGUACUUUGACCGGGUGGAUGAGAGCAACCCGGAGUACCAGAGGGAGAGGAACAUGGCGCCCGACCUACGGCAGGACUUCAACAUGAUGGAGCAGAGGAAGAGGGUCUCCAUGAUACUACAGAGCCCGGCAUUCUGCGAGGAGCUGGAGACAAUGAUCCAGGAUCAGCUGAAGAAGGGGAAGACGCCCACGAGCCUUUUGGCUCUGCAGCAGAUCGCAGACUUCAUGACCACCAGCAUGCCUUCCAUGUAUCCCGCUGCACCGCAAGGAGGCAUGGCAGCGCUCAACAUGAGUUUGGGCAUGGUGACUCCUGUGAAUGACCUGCGCGGCUCAGACUCCAUCUCCUAUGACAAGGGCGAGAAGCUACUUCGCUGCAAGCUGGCUGCCUUUUAUCGGCUCGCUGACUUGUUUGGCUGGUCCGAGCUCAUUUACAACCACCUCACAGUCAGGGUGAAUUCAGACCAGGAGCGUUUCCUUAUUGUCCCUUUCGGGCUCCUGUACAGUGAAGUCACUGCUUCCAGUCUGGUGAAAAUAAACCUUCAAGGUGAGAUAGUGGACCGGGGCAGCACCAACCUCGGGGUCAACCAGGCCGGCUUCACUCUCCACUCUGCCAUCUACGCUGCACGACCCGAUGUCAAGUGUAUCGUACAUGUACACACACCUGCGGGUGCAGCGGUAUCAGCCAUGAAAUGCGGCCUGUUGCCCAUCUCACCUGAGGCACUGUCUCUGGGUGAGGUGACCUACCAUGACUACCAUGGCAUACUGGUGGAUGAGGAGGAAAGUAUUCUUAUACAGAGGAACCUAGGGCCUAACAGCAAGGUGCUCAUCCUGAGAAACCAUGGGUUGGUCUCCGUAGGCGAAACAGUGGAAGAAGCUUUCUACUACAUCCACAACUUGGUCACUGCCUGUGAGAUCCAGGUGCGAACACUGGCCAGCGCUGGAGGGCCAGAUAAUCUGGUGAUGCUGGACCCGGGGAAAUACAAGUCACGUCCGAGGGUCCCUGAGCCAGUUGGCGACGGGUCCUCUGCACACCCCAAGUGGCAAGUCGGGGAGCAGGAAUUUGAGGCUCUCAUGAGAAUGCUUGACAAUUUGGGCUACAGGACGGGCUAUCCUUACCGCUGCCCGGCAUUGCGAGACAAAGGUAAAAAGUACAGUGAUGUGGAGAUCGCUCCCUCUGCCCACGGUGGUUACUCAUACGGGGAGGACAGCGACUCAGGUGCUCGCUCCCCGCUGAAACACAGCUUCCAGCGCGGCCAGCGCGACAAGACCCGCUGGCUCAAUGCCGGCGGCCGGCCCGACGAGCCCUACGAGGACGGGCCCGACGGCAGCAGCCCCAAGUCGAAGCCUAAGUGGACAAAGGAAGACGGCCUCCGCCAGGCUGCCGUAGCCAAUCAGUUCAUCCCACUGAACACCAACCCAAAGGAAGUCCUGGAAAUGAGGAAUAAGAUCCGGGAGCAGAACCUGCAGGACAUAAAGACAGCAGGGCCCCAGUCACAGGUUCUGUGUGCCAGCACGGUGGUGGAACGUACCUUUACCCAGAGAUGGUCAAUCUGGCAGGACGCCCCUCUGUCUGACUGUACAGACACUAUUGAUGGCCUUGAUGUGUCCGAGGGGUCCUAUAGUCCUGCUAAAUCAUUUAGAAAGGGGGAGCUUGUGACCGCAUCCAAGGCCAUCAUCGAAAAGGAGUACCAGCCCAAGGUUAUCGUCAGCAAGCAGGGUCCCAACCCCUUCACCAAACUCACCGACCAGGAGCUGGAGGAAUACCGCAAGGAGGUGGAGCAGAAACAGAAAGGGUCUGAAGUGCAGGGACAAGACGCUAGUAGGGAGGGAUCAGCCUCCAGUGUAUCCUGUCCUGAGCCUGAAACUCUACCGAGAGGUCAAGCCUCAGUCGCCACAACUCUACAGUCUACAGCUGACUCGCCCAGCUUAGAGAAAGUCCCGCCUACAGCAGCCACACCUGCUGCACCAGCCUUCGAGCAGGGCUCCUCUUCCCUCGGCCUCUCCAGUGGGGCUGAGCCAGCUCAGGGCGAGGCUGACUCUGCAGGGACGCUAGCAGAUGACGUUUUUUCGACCGCAGAUGAGGUUUUUUCAGCACCGGAUUCCCCACAUAAGGAGUUCCACUGUGCCGUGCUGCGAGCCCUCAGCAAGGAGCCGUCGGUGGUAGUGGCAGCUAAGGCAGAUCAGGCUCCAGACCCGGAGCAGCUCGUAGAGUCUGAGGAGGAGCCCAAAGGCCCGAAACCCACCUCCACACCACCCAGCACCCCAAUCAGAGCAGAGGAAGAGUCCUUGCCUGACCAAACCUAUAAGGAUGAGAGCGAUGCAGCCACCCUGAGACAGACCCUUCCAGAUUUAACGCCCGACGACCCCUCCGAUGCCCCAGCACUUCCUGCCGAAGACUCCGCCCCUGCCCCUGCCACCGCAGACGCGGCCGAGGCGGAGGAACCCACUGACGCUGGCGACCAGGAGGGUGACGAGUCUCCCAGCAAAUCACCCUCCAAAAAGAAAAAGAAGUUCCGCACUCCUUCCUUCCUAAAGAAGAACAAAAAAAAGACUGAGUCCUAGAUUGGAGAAUGUUGGAUCGGUCCUCAAGGCUGGCCAAUGCCUCUUUUCAUUUUUUUGCUUUUUGUCUGCUAUCGUUGCACCCCCCCGAGCAAGCCACAGUUACACACAGUUACGCUUUUUGUUGUUUUGAUAUCAUUUCUCGCUGGCUUAUUAACCUAUUUUUCCUCGUUAGUGUGUGCCAAUUUUGUAUACAGUGUAAAAAUGAUUGCAUAAAGGUUUUUAAUUAUUAGAGGCUUUUAGUUGUGAGUGAGUGAUGCAUUCAGUCUUGUCCACUCCUUCUGGCCUUUUACGCAUGUCUAUUACUACAGGCCCACACACUCGAGGUGAGGUUUUAGGGUUUUAUCACCCGCAUUUUUUUUAAAAAGAAAAGAGUAUUACUAAACUGUUGAAACCACUAGAAUGUAUAGGGAUUGUAUCAAAAUGUCAAAGUGUCUUUUAAAAUACAGUGAACGCAGAAAGAGAAGCUUGUACCCUCUCAUUUAACUGGUGGUCAAUUCUGACAGUGAGAACUACAAAUUGCACAGUGCACCCAUGUAAUUACAUGUUAGCAGGCCAGGAGAAGUACACUUGGAAUAUUUUCAGUGGAUUAUUUACCCGUGGAAUAUGCAGUCACGCAGAAUCCAUAUUAAUGUGUCCACAAUCCAAUAUUUUGACGUCAUCUACAUUCAUAAUUAAUCACAUCAGAGGUUUGAUCUUUUACCCACAAGCAUUUGGCACAACCCUAACGUACCGGUUUAUUGUGUUGUGCUUUAGGUCUUAAUAUGAUGUGGGAGUUUGAUUUAGAAUUUCACAAACCGGAUUCAUUAAAAACACCCGUCUGCGGUGCUGCAAACCUGCAGGUCGUUUGAGCAUAGUCAUAAUGAGCGUGACACACAGCGAAGUGUGAGUCAUCCCUGGAAGUGUAAUUAAGCAUUGCGCUUGCUGAUCAUUCCCAGGGGUUGAUAAUGUAUUUGCUACUGGCUCUUCAGUCUUCAGUUUGAAGGAAUGUGUACAAAAAAACCCUGAAUUCUCAGUUUUUAUGUUUUUCUUUUAUUGUAAUUAUUGGUUCUUGGCUUUGUUUUGCAUUUGCUCCUUGAUUUCCCUUUGCUUCUGAGAAAGACAGAAACAGGCAGAUGUGCUAUGUAUUGUGUGAGAUAACACAUUUCACCUUGUUCUUGAGUAUGUCUUUUUUUUACGCUUUUUCUCACAAAGUAGAUUGAGCCAUAACGACUUGCUGUGAGAGAGCACUGUGAACUUCCUCUUUUAUAAACCACUGUCGGGGAACUCAUCCCACACGUUGCUUUUAGAUAGUCACAGUCAGCCAUAGAAGUAGAUACAGUUGUUACGGAACAUGUGAACGACAUUGUCACUGUUGCGAAGCUGCAUGAUCAAUCAUAUAUUCAGAACCCUCAACCUCGACUUUCCUGUGUACGACAGACGCAAACAGAACUUUUUCACUGAAUACCUGUGUGUUUCCAGUUGCAGUAAAGACGCAAUGUACACUGGAGAAGCAAUUACAUUUUUGUUUUGUCACUGAUGCGUAAGCAUCGGUGUGAUUGCAGUUGAGCUGUGCUUGAGGUUGCGGGGCAUUAAUACCAAGGCCAUCUCCUUGCAUUGCUUCCUAACUUGUGUUUAAAGGGUUAGUCAUUUGUCAGUCUAACUCACAGUGAACCAAAAGGCAACACUAACAGGAAGCUUCACCUAAUCUGAGAUGCUUAAAAACCUUGGCCUUUAAUUCACUGCAGGUGGUUUACCUACAGCGCUACAUAUAAGCUGAGAAUGUCUAACUCUGAAGGACUGCAUGUGUAGAGUGCUUAGAGCGUGUACUGUCCUUUAAAAGACUGUAACUACUCCUUUUUAUUUGAUUUCUAUUUUUAUUUUAGCUUUAGUGUGCUGAUAAUAAUACUGAAGUCCUUGUAUUCAUGGUUUUAAUUUGAGUCCACCAUAUAGUUUUUUUUCUAAUCCCACAGCUAUGCCGAUUUGUAUUCUCUGUCUGAACUACUUCCAAUUUUAAAUGUCUCAUCAUCAUUAUACCAUCUACAGACUUAAUACUUCCACCUCUUUUUUUUCUCAUGGUUCUGCCUCUUUUACAGCCAUGAAUAAACAACACUACCUUGAAAAUC